AUCAGCAAACGUGAAAUAUGAGAGAAAUAAUGAAAUAUUAGUAAAUAUACACACUUCCGCUCGUACUUUUUUUUGCUUCCCUUUUACUUCCGGAUGUGCACUUUGUGUCAUGGCUGCAGCUUUCACACUCCAAUAGCGUGUAGUUUCUCACAAUGAAGAUCGUUACCUGGAACAUUAAUGGCAUAAGGACUUUCAGAGGCGGCAUUAAAAGGGCUCUUGAUUCACUGGAUGCAGAUAUUAUCUGUGUUCAAGAGACAAAAGUGACAAGAGACUUGCUUGAUGAGAGAACUGCCAUUGUUGACGGCUACAACUCCUAUUUCAGCUUCAGCCGAGGACGCAGCGGCUAUUCAGGGGUUGCCACUUACUGUAAAGACAGCGCUACUCCCUUUGCUGCUGAGGAGGGUCUCACAGGCCUGCUGACCAAUCAUGAAGGGGCUGUUGGAUGCUAUGGUGACCAGGCCGAGUUCUGCGGCGAGGAGCUGCAGCUUUUGGACAAUGAAGGACGAGCCGUUAUCACACAGCACAGAAUCAUGUGUCAGGAGAAAGAGCAGACUGUAACUGUGAUCAAUGUAUACUGUCCACGGGCUGACCCUGAAAAGCCGGAGCGAAAGCAGUUCAAACUGCAGUUCUACAAGUUGCUUCAGAACCGGGCUGAAGCUAUGCUGAAAGAUGGGAGCCAUGUGAUAGUUUUAGGAGACGUAAAUACUUCUCAUCGGCAAAUAGACCACUGUGACCCCAGCGAUAUUGAGGAUUUUGGUGAGAACCCUGGGAGGAAAUGGCUGAAUGGCUUUCUGCACAGUGACAGACAGGAAAAGGAAAUUAAUGAGGACGAAAAUGAUGAAGAGUCAGAGGCAACCUCAACAGAUCCCAUCCACAGUGGGAAAUUUGUGGAUACCUUUCGCUAUUUCCACCCGACUCGCACCAGCGCCUUCACCUGCUGGUCCACUCUCACUGGAGCACGCCAGACAAACUAUGGCACACGCAUCGACUACAUAUUCGCUGACUGCCAGCUAGCCAAGGAGCAGUUUGUGGCAGCAGACAUCAUGCCAGAGAUGGAGGGAUCAGACCACUGCCCUGUGUGGGGGCAACUGAGCUGCCCUCUCCUGCCCAGCUCCAAGCCUCCUCCCCUCUGUACACGCUACCUGCCAGAGUUUGCUGGCAAGCAGCAGAAACUCUCCCGCUUCCUUGUGAAGGUGGACCAAAAACCAACUCAGUCCGAGCAGGGGGAUGCAUUACCUGGAUCUCAAGAGGAGGAGGAAAGGAGGGAGAAUUUAAACCCUUUCUCAGGUAAAAAACGGUUAUUAACAUCAGACUCCGUUGUCCCAAAAGGGAAAAAGACUAAGAUAGCAAAGACUUCCAUAAAGACUUCCACAAAGCCACAGGGCAGCCUCCUUUCCUUUUUCAAACCCAAGAUCACAAAUGCGCCUCCCUCUACUGAAGCAACUGAAAAAUCACUCAGCGUGGAUGAAGUUACUUCAUCACAGAACUCUCAAAAAUCAUCCACAACCAGAGAGGAUGUGUCCUCGGUCACAAGCAGCGUACCUGAAGACACUGAGCGUGUCUGUGGUGGUUCACCACAGCUGUGCACCAGUAGCACCACAGAGGACACUGAUAAACAAAUAAAGACAAGACAUUUAACCCCACAGCCGUCUGUGGGACGCUCAGACGCAAAGAAAGGGGCAUCGUCAGUGUUUUGGAAGUCAGUGCUUCAUGGGCCGCCCCCACCACCAUCCUGUAAAGUCCACAAGGAACCCUGUGUGCUCCGUACUGUGAAAAAGGAAGGGCCAAACAUGGGCAAACAGUUCUUUGUUUGUGCCCGGCCUCAGGGACAUGUCUCCAACCCUGAGGCUCGCUGUAAUUUCUUUGCGUGGGUUGAAAAGGGGAAGUGACAUUGUUUACUUUAUGGACCACAAGUUGUUUUUCCUGACUCAUCAGCAAAACCAGCAAAACAAGACUACUACACUGAUCAUUUCACAGAUUUUAAUUGUUCAUUAUGUGUUUUUCUCGUUGGUACAUAAUAAAA